GUAUCAACGACAGCUACCAUAGCGACGUAAUAACAAGAAAUAAGAAUAUCGGUUGAAUAUAGAAUAAUCAAUUUGGGCACAUUGGCUCCCAUCGAAAAAAACCACAAAUUUUAGGUUUGCGAUUUCGAUUUCGAUCUCGAUCUUGGCGACAAAUAUAAAUUUUUGCUUUUUGGAAAACGGCUUAGCGACCGUCAUUGCUCAAUAUGGCCAUGAUGGACCCGGGCGCUUGGAAUGGGCAAGACCAGACACUAUCUUCGACAGGCGAAGAUGACUUCCAACAAUUUCUCGAGAUGGGAGGGAUGUCUAAUUUGGGGGACGGGUUACAAUUCGAUUUCCAAGACUUCGGGAGUAAUAAUGGUUCUUCGAUGAUGCACCAACAACAUGGUGAUUCUAUAGACACUCCCAUGAGUAACUCGGAUGUCCCGACAAUUAUCGCAAGGAACGAUAUGGGACAACAGAGCCAAAUGUCCCCGAUGACAUCUGCUCCGAGUCACUCAGGAAUCCCGUCGCAGAUGAUGCCUCAACAUCAUACACCCUCUGAUCCUAUCUCCGAGAUAGAUGCGCAAAUCCAGUUUCUACAGCAGCAAAGGCUUCAACAGCAAAGGAGGCAACUUGCGGAGCAGCAGAGGCAGUUCCACGAACAACAAGCAGCUUUCUACGCCCAGCAGAGAAAUAUGGUGCCGCCAACCCCGCAGAGCCUCGAGAUUCAGGCUGCGAAUCAAUUUUUUGUCCAGCAGGACCAGGCGCAUUCCUCUGGCAUGUUUGAUGGAUAUCAUCUUAAAGAGCAACAAGAUAUGGCCUUUACUCCGCUAGUUUCUCCUGCGGUGACCCCCCUUGAACCUCAUUUUCCAGUCGACCCUGCAUUUACUCACUCGGGGCCCUACUUUAGUCCCUUAACAUCUCCCGCGCUACACGCGCAAAAUGAGUCGACGACUUUUGAUCACAGGAAUUCGGGCCAGACCACCAAUUCCCCCGUAGAAAUGGAAAUCGAACCCUCACUAUCCACUAACAGCACAGUGAACUUAUCGAAGAAAGUCCGAAAGAACAAUGCUACUAAGGCCAGAAAACCAAAUGUUCGACAGUCUCCAAUCACAAAACCUCAAAGACGGAAAACUGCUUCAACCCCCAUAAUGAAUGCUCAGGCACUGGGCGAGUUGACUGAAUCUUUGGCUGAGAGCUUGGAACACCCACCGAAACCGAAAUCAGUCUCGGCAACAUCUACCGAGGAGUCAGAAAAUGCCUCGGUGUCUCCAGAAGCCCUUUCAGAUAUGCCGCCUCCGCCGCUCCCUCUGCCUCGCUCAGCUAGACAGUCUCCGUACAUUCAGCCACAGAGCAGCCAACCAAAUCAAACCAACGGCAAUGCGGCACCUUUAGCGUUGCCAGGCUCUCUAGCUGGUAAACCGUCGCCCGCGACCCCGGCCUCGCUAUUCAGGAUUUCGCCAAAGAGCAAGUCGGCUGAUUCAAACAAUCCGGAGCAAACCGGUUCUGAACAUAUAGAAAGCUUUGAGCUUCCCGAAUCCGUCAAUUUCUCGAAACCUGACCUCCCAUCGAUUGAUACUCGACAACCAACCAAAUCACCUGCCGAAGUCGAGACGGCAAAGACUUCUAAUUUCCAACCACUUCCAUCUCCUGUUCUCCCUAAGCCUACACAUUCGGCAACAGCAUCCGCAACCCAGAGUCCUCAACUUACACCCAAAUCGGGAACCCCUAAUUUGAGAAAAACUCCACUUAUAGCUCCGAGAGGGCCUAAGAAGAGGGCGAGUAUCAGUUCAGUAUCACCAGCUCUUCGACCAAAAAUAUCGCCCAGUAUCAAGCCGUUGCUCCCAGGGACGCCUGGAUUAUCUGCCGAAGAUUCUGCUUCAAGGUUACUAGCAUCUAAGUCAAAUUACCAGAACAUAUUAGAGGGCAACACUGUACCCGGAGUUUCAUACCCGAGCGAAUUGUCGACCAACUUAACAUCAAAACGAACUUCGCAUAAGAUUGCGGAACAAGGUCGUCGGAAUCGCAUUAACUCGGCACUUCAGGAAAUUGCAACCUUGCUGCCGAAGAGCGUGACGAAAGACCUGUGCGAGGGUGAUGGAGAAGGCGGGAACGGAGAUAAGAAAGACGGCAAACAAUCGAACACACCGAACAGCAAAGCUAGCACAGUGGAGUUGGCAAUCAUAUAUAUUAAACAACUACAACAAGAAAUAGCAGAAGCGAACAAGAGAGCCGACGAAGCCGAAAAGAAGCUCGAAGAAAAAGCAACGGUGAGUUGACACUAGUGGAAAGGUCAAGGCCGAAAGUCAUGGCUAUUUAAUUACCUACUAAAAGUUAGUAUGUUGGUCUGGUUUUUACAUAUCUUACUGGCGCACCGGCUUGCCCCUAUUGAUAGAGAGCACUUCACGAGUCGACAUAGUUACGGGAGGAAUAUAAUAUGAACCACCGCUAGCUAGUUACUAUCUAAUGAAAGCUACAAAAAUAUAUGAUCAUAUAUGAUUAAGGGAUUUAGAAUUGCAUAUUGAGGAGGAAGAUGGUUAUUUGUCGGAGUAAAGCAUCAUCACGAUCUAAGUAUCAGGGGCUUUGAGGAACAAAAGCAUUUGUAUUGUAUUUACGUGGUAUGUACUUGUUACAAUAUUUGGACAUCUAGAUUCAGGGUUGAUAUUAAUUCGCCACAUGUGGAUGAUAGAAAUACCCAGCUGGAAAUGAGAUUCAUUCAAUCA